UUGAGAAGGAAGUAAUUACACACCACGUUUCUCGACAAACAAGAAUGGCGCAGGUAUUGGCAGUCCCAGGAGAUGUUAGACAUGGAUUCGCCUAUAAAACAACAUUCCACCAUGAUUUUGGACGAAUUACUGGAAUAGCAUCGACAACACUUGGGAACAUUUUAUUGUGUGACUAUGAUAAAAAAAACCUGCUUUUAGUUGAUCCUCUUGGGAAAUACUUAAAUAAGCUAAGCGUAGAAAGCGAGCCAUUUGAUGUGGCUAUUACAAGUCAAAAUAUAGGAUAUAUUACCCUUCCGAAUAUUAGAUCUGUAUUACGAAUAGACCCAGACCGUCUGGUUGUAAUACAUAAGACAACAGCCAACGAACAUUGUACUACAGUAGUAUGUGUGUCAGCAGUACCGAAUUCUGGAACGGACAAUGAAAAUAAGGUUCCAUGUUACCUUGGUGUAAAAAUGUUUAAUUCUUCGUACGCAUAUCCAGUCAAUAACAAUAGCAUAUGUCUAACACCAGAACACAAACACAGUACUUUAUCUGGAAACCCUAUUGACUCCCGUGUUGUGAAGUUCCAUGCAAUUGACUCUGGAACUUAUUUUUCAUGUUUAGCCGGCCAGAGCUAUAUAAAGAUUACAAAUUACAAGCAUUAUUUCAAUGAACACAUUGUCCAAAUUGAAACUAUGGUUAUGCCUACUGACAUAUGCUCUGAUAACAAUGGACACGUCUAUGUAAGUGGACAGGGUUCUAACAACAUACAUCGACUGACACAGGACGGCAUGGUUUUAGAUAUACCAUUGGACAGUAGACAUGGUAUGAAACAGCCAGUUGCUCUAUGUUUUACCAAAAACUAUGAUAAAUUAUAUAUUGUCAAUGAAUGGGGAAAAUCAGUAUUGGUUUUUGAUGUUAUUUGAUGUCUAAAAUUAAUCUGAGAUUUAUCAAUAUUAUUACAUUGACAGAGCUCCAAAUAGAAAUUCACAAAUUGUUUUUUUUAUUACCCACCAUUUUUUUUUAAGUAAUCAUGAUUAUCAAUUUCAAUUCCCCCCUCAAUCAAAUAUCAAUUUGUGUCUUUCACCACCAAGCUCCUUAAUGUACUGGGUUAUUUCAUCAACACAAUAUUGUAUAUUUAGGCAUGUUAUAAUUACAUGCAUAUCAACCUCAGAUUUUUUUCCAUCUUACAUAUGUUUCUUUUUUUAAUUGUAUAUUGCUAGCUGUUUUAUUUGGUUAAUUUUGAGACUUUUAAAAUACAAAGUAUACAUGUAUGUCUCUUAUAUCAUGUCAUAAUUGAUUUGUUCUUUUAUUUUUUCCAACUGAUUUCGUUUUAACGAAAACUCAUGUUUAUCGUUUUAGCAAUGUUCUCGUUAAUUUGAUUUAAUUACAAUGUAUAUAUUAAUAACUUAUUACUAUUUUUUAUACUCAUCUAUAGAAAUUAUUUGUUAAAGACCUUUUUAAUAUUUUUUUACCGUACAUCGUUUACUUUAUAACAAAAAUCAUACUUAUUAUAUAUCUUUUUUUUUAUUCCUGAUAAAUACAUUUUAUAUUUGGGCCUUUACAUUGGACUUUAAUUAUGGACCGGAUCGAAAUCGGACGGGUCGACUUGGGCCAGAUCGACCGAAAGCCAUCAGACACGCUAAUUGGAUGAACACGGAAAAGAUCGGAAUGUUUACAUAAACAUGUGUACUUUUUGAACUACGGAAAAUUCCAAAAGGGACCCAUUUCAGCUACUUGACGCAGGGCUCUAUUUUUAGAAUGAUAGGCCAUUUCCAAUUAUAAGUAUAAUUAAAAUAGAUUUACGAGACGACUGUAAUCAGAUAAGGGUAAAUAACGCAAACAAUAUCGAAUAAAAGUGUGAGCAUGUUGCGAAAUCAUACUUUUGGCAUAUAGUUUGGUUUUCUUUUGAAUUAAUUGGGUUAUGGAACCCUGUAAUGGGCAUUAGCAUUGGGUUUUUAAUUAUAUAUAUUGCAUGAUCACGCAAAUCCGCAGCUUAUCUGGGGCUAUGAACUAUUUGAUAUGUAGCGUUUUUAUUUGCCACUAGGUUUUUAAGGAAAAUAACUGUAUACUUUUACAGGAAGUUGAAAUGCGCAAUGCAAUCACAACUUAUUUUCAAUAGACACAGACAAUUAUCUUGAAUGGACCGUCAUUCCUUGCUUAUUUCCACCUUUAAUUCUGUUGUUAGCAUCUAUUUGCUAUGAUAGUCAUUGUAUUGCACAAAAUCAUUCUUCUUCACCGCAUAAUGCAUAGUGAUGCAGGUUGACUGAAUAAGAAAUCGUAUAUGUAGGUGUCUCCCUUACUAGUAUAAUAAGUUUCAGAAUGUUCAUUAUGACUUCUCUUGUAAAAAACUGUAAAUUUCAUGUUUCUUUAUUUAA